AGGGGCGUGGCCACAGGGGGGGAAGUGGGCGGUCCGCCUGCGCGCUCUCUCUCUCCUCUGACGAACAACGUUGGCGGAAAUGGUUUCGGCGCGGGCCGGAGGAGAGGGGGGCUACGGUGGCCGGGAGGGACUGGACUUGGCGGCGUGAGAGGCCGGAGAGGCAGAAGGCCCCUGCCUGGCGGGGCCGGAGGGUGAGAUCUCCUUUCGCUGCCGCUGCCGCUGGGCUUGACAUUGGCGGCCAUGUCUCUGCUUCAGUCGGCGCUGGAGUUCCUGGCCGGGCCGGGCUCCCUGGGCGCCGCCAGCCGGGACCAGAAUGACUUCGUGGGGCAAGUGGUGGAGAUGGGCGAGAUGAAGCUGAGGAUCAAGAAGGUCAUCGCUGAAGGUGGUUUUGCUUUUGUUUAUGAAGCUCAGGAUCUUGGAAGUGGCAAAGAUUACGCUUUAAAGAGACUGCUGUCUAACGAAGAGGAAAAGAACAAAGCCAUCAUUCAAGAAGUUUGUUUUAUGAAAAAGUUAUCUGGCCAUCCAAAUAUUGUCCAGUUUUGCUCUGCUGCAUCCAUAGGAAAAGAAGAAUCUGAUACUGGGCAAGGGGAAUUUCUUCUGCUCACUGAGCUUUGUAGAGGGCAACUGGUGGAAUUUUUAAAGAAAGCUGAAUCCAAAGGGUCCCUAUCCUGUGAUACAGUUCUCAAGAUAUUUUACCAGACAUGCAGAGCAGUACAACACAUGCACAAACAGAAACCUCCAAUCAUUCAUCGAGAUCUAAAGAUUGAAAAUAUGCUGAUGAGUAACCAAGGGACCAUUAAAUUAUGUGAUUUCGGCAGCGCAACAAAUGUAGCACAUUAUCCAGACUACAACUGGACAGCGCAGAAAAGAGCAACCGUUGAAGAAGAGAUCACAAGGAACACAACACCCAUGUAUCGGACUCCUGAAAUAAUAGAUUUAUAUUCAAAUUUUCCAAUCGACGAAAAACAGGAUAUAUGGGCAUUGGGUUGCAUCCUCUACUUGCUCUGCUUUAGGCAGCAUCCAUUUGAAGAUGGAGCUAAGCUUCGAAUAGUCAAUGGAAAAUAUUCUAUCCCACAAAAUGACACACGAUAUACAGUGUUUCAUGAUAUCAUUCGUUCUGCUUUAAAAGUGAAUCCAGAAGAGAGAUUGUCUAUUACCGAGCUUGUAAAUCAGUUGCAAGAGAUUGCAGCCGCAAGGAAUGUAAACCCAAAGUCUCCCAUCACAGAGCUUCUUGAGCAAAAUGGAGGCUAUGGAAAUAAUGCUCAGCCUAAGACACCUUCGACUCAGGUUCCACAGAAUUCCAAGCCUGUAGGGCAACUCAACAACAUGUAUAAUGCAGGCCUUACUGUGGCGGAAUGUGACCAGACCUAUGCAGGGUUCUUCGAUAUUCUUAGGGGUGGGACAGAGAGGUUUUUCACAAAUAUCAAGGACACGUCUUCAAAAGUGAUUCAGUCUGUAGCCAAUUAUGCAAAAGGAGAUCUGGAUAUAUCAUAUAUCACCUCCAGAAUUGCUGUAAUGUCCUUUCCAGCAGAAGGUGUUGAGUCUGCCAUAAAGAAUAACAUUGAAGACGUGCGAUUAUUCUUGGACUCUAAACAUCCCGGCCGCUAUGCUGUCUACAAUCUGUCUCCAAGAACAUAUAGGCCUUCAAGAUUUCACAAUCGGGUGUCCGAAUGUGGCUGGCCAGCAAGACGCGCACCCAAUCUUCAAAAUCUGUACAGCAUUUGCAAGAACAUGCAUUUAUGGCUGAAACAAGACCCAAAGAAUGUUUGCAUUGUGCACUGCCUUGAUGGAAGAGCAGCAUCAGCUGUUGUCGUUUGUUCCUUUUUAUGUUUCUGCCGUCUAUUCACUACUGCUGAAGCUGCUGUCUAUAUGUUUAGCAUGAAGCGCUGCCCACCGGGUAUCUGGCCAUCACAUAAGAGAUAUAUAGAGUACAUGUGUGACAUGAUGGCGGAAGAACCUAUUAUUCCUCACAGCAAGCCAAUCCUCAUAAAGUCUAUUGUCAUGACACCAGUCCCUCUUUUCAGCAAGCAGCGCAAUGGCUGCCGCCCCUUCUGUGAAGUUUAUGUUGGGGAUGAAAGAGUAGCCACUACCUCACAAGAAUAUGAUAAAAUGAAGGAUUUUAAAAUAGAAGAUGGAAAAGCAGUAAUUCCAUUAGGCAUAACAGUCCAAGGAGAUGUUCUCAUUGUAAUCUAUCAUGCCAGGUCCACCUUGGGUGGCAGACUCCAAGCCAAGAUGGCAUCAAUGAAGAUGUUCCAGAUCCAGUUUCAUACAGGAUUCGUCCCCCGAAACGCCACAACUGUGAAAUUUGCAACGUAUGAUCUGGAUGCCUGUGACAUUCAGGAGAAGUAUCCUGAUUUGUUCCAAGUGAAUCUGGAAGUUGAAGUUGAGCCACGGGAUAGACCCAGCACUGAACGCACCCCCUGGGAUAACUUGAACAUCAAGGGUUUAAAUCCCAAAAUCCUUUUCUCCAGCCGUGAGGAACAGCAAGAGAUAUUAUCAAAAUUUGGUAAACCUGAACUGCCCAGACAGCCCGGGUCAACUGCACAGUAUGAAGCAGAAGCAUCUAAGUCAGAACCGUCUUCUGAAGAUACACCUGUGGAACCAGACUCCCCACCCAGCAGUAGCACAGAGGCAAACUUCUUCCAAACACUUGAUUGGCAAGAAGGAAAACAUUCAGAUGUUGGACCAGAGGGCUACUUUCCUAAAGAGUGUCCAGGGCUAAUGGAUGAAAGGGAGGACAGUGAACCUUCCGAUGAAGAAUUUUCUGCAUUUCCAAGUGAAGGUAGAGCAGCUGAAGAAACAGAGAACACACCAGGGAAAGAAAACAGUGAGCAGCUUUUUGAAGCCAACUUUGAAAUGUCUGCUGCUCACUCCAAAGAGACACUUGUGGAAGACAGUGUUGACUUGCUUGGACUGGAUUCAGAAGCACCACCAGAACUCCUCCAACCUCCUUCAGAGAUGAAGAGUUCCUCUAGCAAUGCAGACUUGCUGAAUGACCUAUUCCUUAGUGGUCUGCCAGAGAGUUCAGAAGACUCUACUACAGACCUUCUGGGAGGAGGUGCAGACUUCUUUUUUGGGAGCCAGUCCCAACCAUCUGCAAAUCCCCAAGAUAGUUGUGUUCCACCUACAGUAGACAUCUCUUCUUCAGGAGCUGACCCAUUUGACCCAUUCACAGUCAAUCCAGAUAAUCCAACUCUUACGGGUCCUGAUCUCUUUGGCGACUUUCUCAGUCCAAAUGCACCAACCGGGUCGAGUAUGUUCCCUUCCACACACAGUGCGCCACCUCCUUCUUCUAGCACAGAGUUCCUUAAUUUAGGAGGUUUGGCACCAGAUCCACCUAAAAUGACUUCUUCUGCAAGUCAGCCAGAUCUUUUAGGUGGCUGGGAUUCUUGGGGAGAUUCCCCUCCUGUUAGCACCCCAGCACCGGCAGCAUCUAAGAAGGCAACCCUGGAAGGCCAAGCUUUUACAACAGGAGGCCCUACGAAUGUUCCCUCAGGCCUCUCCUUCAGUCAAGCAAAAUCGCAGAACUUCGAUCCUUUCGCCGACCUCGCUAACCUGAAAGCUGGCCUUCCAGGUGCUUCAAGUGGGGGUUUCUCUGCUGGUAGUUUUGCCCCCAAAUCCACUCCUUCACAAAAGGCAGGGCAUCCAUGGCAGGCCAGCAAACCACAAGCAACUAGCUCAUCAUGGCAAUCUCACUCACAACCAAAACCACCAGAACAAGCCAAGCCGAGCGUGCAGCCGAAACCCAACUACACGGUGAAUUUCAGCGUUAUUGGGGGGCGUGAAGAGAGAGGCAUCAGAGCCCCAGGCUUUGGACAAAAACCCAAAGUGUCAGAAAACGAUUUUGAGGAUCUUUUGUCGAAUCAAGGGUUUGCUGCAAAAUCUGACAGAAAAGGACCAAAGACCAUUGCAGAGAUGAGAAAACAAGAAAUGUCUAGAGAUAUGGAUCCUCUAAAAUUAAAGAUUCUAGAUUGGAUUGAAGGAAAAGAGAGGAAUAUAAGAGCUUUAUUAUCUACUCUCCACACUGUGCUUUGGGAAGGUGAAACCAAAUGGAAACCAUGUGGCAUGGCAGACCUGGUUACCCCAGAUCAAGUGAAGAAGUACUACAGGAAGGCAGUGCUUGUGGUUCAUCCAGAUAAGGCCACGGGGCAGCCUUACGAACAGUAUGCCAAAAUGAUCUUCAUGGAGCUGAAUGAUGCGUGGUCAGAAUUUGAAAGUCAAGGCUCAAAAUCACUUUUCUGAAAUGGCUCCAUUUUGCACAGCGAUGGGAUGAUUUCAAAAUGUAUUGGCAGCAAAACUGAAUCUUGAGUGCUGUUAGUGUAAUAACCUCCUGAGAGCAGGGAGUGGGGGGAGGUGGGGGCCUUCCCGGUUGUUGCACAUUUUGAAACUGUACACUCGCAAACGGGUGUGUACUGUAGGAAGCAGAAUACGACACAUGGCAGAAGUGGCCAAAUGGGCCCAUUGGCACUAGGAAGCUUGUGCCCUGAGGGUCCCAGGCCAUCUCAGAUGAGGUCAGAGGCACCUGUCAUUCUGAGGAUGGGUCUUGGUGUGGACAACAUUUGCUGCGGGAUACAUCAUCCACUUUGAAUCCUGAAUUAAUAGUUUGACAUUUUCAUUUUUGCUCUCCAUCUGAAAGAAAAACACACAACCUCAGCUUGCGUUUCUCUCCCCCAUGCCCAGUAGUCCUUGUGAUUUUUCAUUUUGCUAUCUACUUGUUUGCCUUACUCAAAGUGCUUUAGUUCCCUAUCAGCUGUGAGCUUGCUCAGCAUCUCUUGUCCUGGUUUCUGUGAGAGGUGUAAAUUUUUCUUCUGUAUUUUAUGUAAUCAUUCCAAUAAUCAUUCUGUAAAUAAUUAAACUGUUUUCUGACAA